CCCAAGUCCCUAGAUUCAUGCCCUUUUUAACACUGUGGCAUGGAAAUGGUCUGACUAGGACCCCAGAACCCGGGACAGGAGCCUGGCACUGUGUUGAGGCCACUGGUACCAAGGACUCCGAUCUUGGUGCUCAAGUCCUGCUCUAGAGUCCAAACAGGGCACAUCUAUCCUUUCAAGUGGCAUGGUCUCCUGCCUCCAACAUGACCUAGCUGUGUGACCUUGGGCAAGUCAUUUGCCUCUUGGAACCUAAUCGGUGAAACUGGGAUGAUUCCUGACUGGUGAGGAUGUGAGGAGUCCAUGCAAGGAAGAUAAAAGGUGUCCUCGACCCAGUGUCUGUCUGUCUGUCUGUCUGUCUGUCUGUCUGUCUGUCUAUUAGUACUCUGGGAUCAGCAGCUGGUAGUUAUAAUAACAGUUUACCCUGAACUGUCAUCUCACCUGGAGCAUAGGAUAGAAAUCCUUAUUGUCCCUAGCUUAAAGGACAUGGUGUCACCUGUGAAAUGUGGGAUCAGGAUACAUGACGCUUUUGUUCCUCAAAGUCCAGACCAGCCCCACAAGGCUAGUAGCACACACCCAGUUCCCAGGAGCAGCUAGAUGACCGCCUCCAUCCAUCAAUGACAGCUCUAGUCCAGCCUAACUUUAUGGACCCAGCGGCUACUUAAGACCGGGAAGAGUGGGCUCUGGUCCAGUUCUUCCAGGCUGCUGCUCAGAACAGGUAGGCAGGUGUGAGCGGGGAUAGGGACCCUGGGACUUGGGAGACCAGGUAACCAGGUGUGAAAAGGGAGCUCCAAGGGAAAGCGGUGCCUCUGGGCUGCGGUUGGUUGGUUGUAUUUGUUCUGAGAGAAGGUCUUGCUCUACAGUGGGGGCUGGUCUUGAACUUGUGAUCUCCUGCCAUGAGUGUUGGACUUGUAGACAUGCACCAUGGUACCCAGUAGGUUGGGGCUCUGAUUCUCAACACUCCAGAAUCUACUUAUCCCAGCUGCAAAGGCAGAAGAGUUAUGGAAAACCUCUGUGAGGGGAGUAGAGUCCAGUCCCACUUUACCUAACUCCAUCCUGGUUUCACCCAUGUUCUGCAGAGAGUUUAUACUUUGUCUGCCCUACGCCUUUUUAGCCCCUUGUCUACCGACACAGGGUGAAGAAGCUCGGCCAGAGAUAAAGGGAAUUUGCUUGGGGUGCUGGGCUUAGUGGUAGGAAGGCAAGCAGAGAAGAGAACAGUUCCGUGACCUUUUGUGCCAGGCCCCAGCACCAUGACGGUGUCUUACACUCUCAAAGUGGCAGAGGCACGCUUCGGAGCCUUCUCUGGCCUGCUCUUCCGCUGGAGGGGCAGCAUCUACAAGCUCCUGUACAGAGAGUUCCUGCUCUUCUGCGCCUUGUAUGCUACACUCAACAUCACCUACAGGCUGUUGCUGACCCAGGAGCAGAAGCGUAUUUAUGCCCAGGUGGCCCGAUAUUGCAACCGUUCAGCAGACCUCAUCCCCUUGUCCUUUGUGCUGGGUUUCUACGUGACUUUGGUGGUGAACCGUUGGUGGUCUCAGUACACAAGCAUUCCACUGCCGGACCAGUUAAUGUGUGUCAUCUCAGCCAGUGUGCACGGUGUGGACCAGAGUGGCCGUUUGCUACGCCGAACUCUCAUCCGCUAUGCCAACCUGGCAUCGGUUUUGGUGCUACGUUCCGUGAGCACCCGUGUACUCAAGCGCUUCCCCACCAUGGAGCAUGUGGUGGACGCAGGUUUCAUGUCUCAGGAAGAGAGGAAAAAGUUUGAGAGCUUGAAAUCGGACUUUAACAAGUACUGGGUGCCUUGUGUCUGGUUCACUAAUCUGGCCGCUCAGGCCCGCAGAGAUGGACGAAUCCGUGACGACAUCGCUCUCUGUCUCAUACUGGAAGAGCUGAACAAGUAUCGGGCCAAAUGCGGCAUGUUGUUCCACUAUGACUGGAUCAGCAUCCCCCUUGUCUACACACAGGUGGUGACGAUAGCUGUCUAUUCCUUCUUCACCCUUUCCCUGAUUGGCCGCCAGUUUGUGGAGUCAGACAAGGAGUCCUCUCCAGCCCCGUGGUACCUGGACAUGUUCGUGCCUCUCACCACAUUGCUGCAGUUUUUCUUUUAUGCUGGUUGGCUCAAGGUAGCUGAACAGCUCAUUAACCCCUUUGGUGAGGAUGAUGACGACUUUGAGACAAAUCAGCUCAUAGACCGAAACUUUCAGGUGUCCCUGCUCUCUGUGGAUGAUAUGUACCAGAACCUGCCUCCCACUGAGCAGGAUCUGUACUGGGAUGAGGCUCGACCUCAGCCACCCUAUACGGUGGCCACAGCUGCUGAGUCACAACGUCCUUCCUUCAUGGGUUCCACUUUCAACCUGCGCAUGAGUGAUGACCCGGAGCAGUGCCUGCAGGUGGAGGCAUCUCGGAGGUUCGACCUGCCAGCGCCCGUCACACAGACCUCGCAGACCCCGCUGCUGGGCCGCUUCCUGGCUGCAAGAGCGCCCUCACCUGCUGUAAGCCUGCAGAACCUCAGGACCUCACACCUGCUGCACCUGCGACCUGGCGGUGAGGAGGCUGAGGGCCGCAUUGAAGAGGCUGUGGAUGAAGGAUCUGAGAAUGAAGCCAUGGAACCCUGAGAAUCCUCUCCGCGGGUGGCUCAGCCCCUCUUCCCCAGCUUCACUGGGUCUUAACAUACACAGCUAACAACAACUUUUCUGGACGGCAGGAUUGGCUAUUGGGAAAGAUUUGGGGACAGCCCUUGAAAGCAAAGCUGGAGUCCGAGCUGGAAGUAGGGUUGUGUCUCCAUUUAGCAUGAAAGGCUAAAUAUUUGUUACCUUCCCUGUUGCCAAGCAUUGGAGCUGGGCCAGUGGUCCAAAGAAUUGAGGGAGCAUUUGCUUCCCUGAAAAGUCUUGCAUGGUGCCUAGCUCCACUCCCAGCCUCUGUGCUUCAUUUGAUUUAGUCGUAGGGCAUUCAGGAAGUGGCAUUUCCAGCUUUAGGAUGAUGCUGUGCUACUAACCUGGGAUAGCUAUUUCAGAAUCAAGCUUUAAAAGAGCACACUCCUUACCCCAGUAACUUCACUCACUCCAAAGGCAGGUCAGUGGGAGUGCUGUCUACCUCUAAUGCUGUUCUCUCGUUAGAAUGAGAAUAUAUCCAUCACUUUGUUGUGGAAUUAUGUUUAAUUUGGUACUUGCCUAGGAUAUUGGUGGGAUAUCUAUAUUCCCAGCAAUGGUGGCCCACCAUUAUGAGGAUUUGGUUCAUGGAGACCAGAGUUGUAAAAAGCUGACCUCCCCCUGCCUCAGCCUUCCAAGCAGGUAGGAUUACAGGUUAUGUCCGAUAUUUUCAAAAAUAUUCUUGUACAUGAAUGUUUGUCACACAGUGUCUUAACUCCUGGGACCUCAGAAGUCAGUUGUGAGCUGCCCUGUGGGUCCUGGGAACUGCACCUGAGUCCUCACUCAUGAGCCACCCCUCUCUGUCCCUCCAAUUUUAAAAUGAAAAUCACACUCUAUUUAUCAGUAUGUGUAUGUAUACACAUGACUAGAGAUCCUUUAUAAUUCUUCAACCCUGUGGGUUCCAGGUGUUAAACUCAGGCCCACCAGGCUAGGCACUCACUACCAAGCUAGCUCAUUGGCCCUAGUGGCAAUUAUGAGUGAACCUGACCGGUUUGCUAUGUGUGUGGGGCCAGAAGACAAUCUUUUGGGAGUUUUCUCCUAUGCUUCUAGAAAUCAAAUUUAAGUCACCCAGCUUGUAUGACAACUGUUUUCACAGGCUGAGGCACUUAUCCAAACCUUAAGCGUACAAUAGCACAGCACAGUGACAAUACAUUUCUACAUAAAAUCCUAAGACUAGGAUUGGGCUAUCUCUCCAGCCCCUACACAUCCACCUCCUUGAAACCUUUGAGCUUUACAACUGUUAAGAAUAAAUCCCAAAUUUGCCUUGAUGUGGGGAAGGACAGCUAGUGAGUGACACAGCUCACUGAAGAAUGCUUGAUUAAUAUCCAUAAAGUCCAAACGGGCAAAGCUCGGCAGCACACACCGACAGUGAGUGAAGAUCAGAGUUACAGCCUAGACCAUCUGAGAACUGUUUCAAUACAACAAAACCAUAGGACCGAUGGUGCAGGAAACCUGACGGCACAUACCUGCUCUCCUUCCAGCCUGAUGGCUAAGGCAAGAUUACCAAGAAACUGAACCCAACCUUGGGCUGCAGAGGGCACACUCAGCACUGGAAAGUGCUUGCUGGUUGGUGCUGUCCCAGGACUUGCUUAGUCCCCAGCACCCAAUCAGGUGGCCCCUAACCAUCUGUACUCCAGCUCCUAGGGACUCAACAUCCUUUUCCAGUGUCUAGGGUGGGUGCACACAGAACACGGGAGGGCAGUGGCUCAGUAGGUUAAAUGCACUUACUGCCAAGUCUGACCACCCAGACUCAGUGAAAUUUGUCCUGAGGUCAGUGAGGGUCCCCCCACCAAUCCUAAGGACUGGAGAACACUCAGCAGUUAAGAGCACUUGCUGAAGACAUCUGACCCCUAGCACCACACAGCAGCUUAUGUCAGGGCAGUGCACACAUGUGAUGUACACUCUAGCUGGCG